AUGUUACUUCGUGUCUACGGUGUAGGAUGCGAUCAGCUCUUGGAUCGAAACAAAGAACUCAACUGGUUGAGUCAUUUAUCACAAUUGAAUAUUGGGCCAAAGAUGCUAGCCACAUUUGGGAACGGUCGUUUGGAAGAGUAUCUACCUUCUACUACAUUAACAAGUCAGGAUAUUCGUAAUACAAGGAUUUCUGCUCAGAUCGCCUCACGUCUUCAUCAGUUACAUUCCAUUGUCCAGAUAUUCCCGCCUGAUGAAGCAUUCGACGAGCCUUUAAAUGUAUGGACAAUGAUUGAAAAAUGGUACACAACGUUAGUGGAUAUUUUGCCUCAGCUGAAUUCAAUCUAUCCAGAAUUAAACUUGGAUUUAAUCGAGUUACGUGAAAAGAUCGAUGCUUGUAAAACCUUCUUGAGUAAAUCAGACAGUCCUAUUGUAUUUGCCCAUAAUGACGCACAAUAUGGUAACAUAUUAAAGAUCGAGGGUAGUAACGAACUUGUCGUGAUUGACUUUGAAUAUGCCGGCUACAAUCCAAGAGCCUAUGAUAUUGUGAAUCAUUUUUGUGAAUGGAUGUAUGAUUACCAUAGCACAACACAUCCCACCUGCCAAAUGAUCGAAGAGAGAUACCCUACCAAAGAAGAGCAGUUGAACUUCUUAUCCUCUUAUUUAAACCAUACCCAAAAUCAAGAAGAGAUUGAAGCUGCGUAUGAAGAAGUGAACCAAUGGAGAAUGACAAGUCAUCUGUUCUGGAGUUUGUGGGGUUUUGUUCAAGCAAGUCAAAGCGAGAUAGAGUUCGAUUAUUAUGCUUAUUCUAAGCAACGUUUGGCUGCCUUUGAAAAA